AUGUAUACUAUAACGAACAUUUACGUUCUUGCCGCCUUCGGUACUAUUGGAGGCGCUCUUUUCGGCUUCGAUGUCAGCUCGAUGAGCGCCUGGAUUGGCGUUGAUACAUAUACAGAUUACUUCGGCUCGCCAGACUCCAACCUCCAAGGCGGAAUCACAGCAUCAAUGUCCGCUGGUUCCUUCGCCGGUUCCAUUGCAGCCGGUUGGUUAUCAGAUAUUCUUGGUCGUCGCUAUGCAUUGAUGAUUGCCUCGCUUGUUUGGAUCGUCGGUGCCAUGGUUCAAUGCAGUGCACAAAAUGUAACGCAUUUGGUCGCCGGCCGUGUUGUCAGUGGACUUGCAGUUGGUGUGACCUCCUCGCAAACAUGCGUCUACUUAUCAGAACUGGCGCCCGCUCGUAUCCGUGGUCGUGUGGUGGGUAUUCAACAGUGGGCAAUCGAAUGGGGUAUUUUGAUCAUGUACUUGAUCGCAUAUGGCUGUGUUGUUGGCGUGUCUGGAACGGCUGCUUUUCGGAUUUGCUGGGGUGUACAGGCCGUGCCAGGCCUCAUCCUGUUCAUCGCUUUGUUCUUCUUCCCCGAGUCGCCUCGCUGGCUCGCCUCACAAGAGCGUUGGGAAGAAGCAUUGGACACAUUGGCAAUUAUUCACGCCAAUGGUGAUCGCCAUGACCCAGUUGUACAGGUAGCAUUCGAAGAAGUCCAGGAGGCUGUGCGUGUGGCGCAUGAAUCUCAAGAUGUCUCAUUCUUGGCAUUGUUUGGACCUCGUGUUUGGAAGCGCACGAUGUGCGGGAUGAGUGUUCAAAUGUGGCAGCAACUUCUGGGCGGUAAUGUUGCCAUGUAUUAUGUGGUUUACAUUUUCGAAAUGGCUGGCAUGACCGGGAACACAACACUGUGGUCCUCCGCUAUUCAGUAUGUCAUCUUCUUGGUGACUACAGGCGCUAUGCUUCCCUUCAUCGAUCGCGUUGGACGGAGAAACCUACUGCUUAUCGGAUCUGUCACCUGCAUGGUUGUGCACUUCAUCAUUGCUGGUGUCAUGGCCAGCAAAGGCAAUCCAGUUCCAAAUGUCAAUGGCAAUGCCAAUUUGACGUGGGAGAUCAAGGGCAGUGCAGGAAUGACAGUCAUCGCCUUUUCAUAUAUCUUCACCGGCAUCUACGGCCUGACUUGGGCUCCGACUGCAUGGAUUUAUGCCGCCGAGGUUUUCCCGCUCAAGUAUCGAGCGAAGGGCGUCGGCUUGUCGGCCGCCACCAACUGGAUUUUCAAUUUUGCUCUGGCUUACUUUGUAGCACCAGCCUUUCACAACAUUCAGUGGAAGACCUAUAUUAUCUUCGGGGUAUUCUGCACUGUCAUGACUUUCCACGUGUUCUUCACGUAUCCUGAGACUGUGGGCCGGUCUCUCGAAGAGAUCGACCUCGUCUUCGAAACUGAUAUCAAGCCAUGGCGCACUCACGAGAUCGGAGAUAUUUUUGGAGAAGAGAUUGAACGCCGCAAGGAGCUUGGUGCUAAGACGGAGACCAGCAGUGCAACCCAUGAAGAGGUGGUUUAA